AUGAGUGAGGGGAUGACGGCGGAUGCCAGAGUCAUCUCGACUGCCGACGUCACCCAGUCGUGGAGUGCUGUGGAGAACACAGCUGCAGUGUCGCUCAUGCACUGCAUUGGGCGAAGUAAGCGUCACCGUAUGGUCAGCUCAGACGAGACGCAGGAGAGUUUGGCGAGCAGCACGCUGCCGCCCUCGCGCUGCCACCGCGCUUUCGGCCACGACAGCAUCGAGGAGGAGUCGGCUCCUCAGCGUGACACCUCCUUGGAUGCAUCGAUGACGCGCCCUCUGCCGACCUCCGUGGCGUAUCACAUGCCCCAUGACUACGAGGAGGAGACGGAUGUCGCACAGCAGUGCUGCAGCAGCAGCGGUGCAAUCAGCUACAGCGCGUCUUCUCUUCACACCAGCGUCGCAGGUGUACCCGGAAAGCAGGGCAUGAUCACGCCACUGGCAGGUCAGCGUGAGCUGGCCAUUUCCGCGGCGGAGGCGCAGUGCCUCAUCUUGGAGGACAGCGUCGACACGGAUGCGGUGGUCACACCAGCCCAGCUGCAGCAGAUGAGGAUGGAGGCAGCAGUAGGCGGCGUGCAUCCCCAUGCAGCAGACGAGCUGUCGACACCCUAUCAGACUCGGCUCGUCACCGCAGACGUGCUGCGAGACUGGACGGGCUGGGAGGAUCUUGAGCGUGUGCUUACCACGCAGCUUCUCGUGGAUGCGGACGCCAUGAUCGGCGUCGACCAGAUUGGCGAACACCUACCGUCCCUUUCAUCGCUGAAGCUUAACGGCUCGCGCCUUUCCCGUGUACGCCACCUCGGUACCGGCUUUCACGCGUUGAGGUAUCUUUGGUUAAACAGAUGCCACGUCGCUGACCUGUGCGGCAUCGCAGCGUGCUGCCCCUCACUGGUGGAGCUAUAUCUCCCCUUCAACCACGUGCGUGAUGUCAGUCCGGUAAUGGCGCUGUCCGAGACGCUCGAAGUGCUGGACGUGGAGGGCAAUCUACUGGAAGACGCUGCAGACCUUGGCGCUGUCCUCGCCUCCUUGCAUGCGGUGCGUGCGCUGUCACUUCUUGGGAAUCCGCUCACGUGCAAGCAUCAGGCGCGUGUGCGAGACGCGUAUCGCGAUUUGCUCGCUGAGGAGAGAUGCAGGGAUUGUGCGAUAAAGGUGGCCUCUAGUGACGUGUGCUUCCCGAUGUUGCCGCCGAGCGAGCACAACACCUUCUCGCACGUCCUUUCAGCGUGGGUGGCUCUCCUUAUGCCGCAGCUGCAGACACUCAAUGAUGUUGCCAUCGACGUUGCUGUCGCCAGCUCCUUCGACUCGUUUCCUCUGCAUGGCUCCUCAGCAGAGGAAGCAAGCCGACGACUCGCAGCGCCAGCUUCGACACACGUGGACCCGCUGGAUGAUUCCCUGGCCGAGGAACUCCGACUGGUCGAGGAGUGUGUGCGGGACACCGACGUCUUCGACCCUCUUAUCGCCGCCGUCGAUGAGGCGAACCGGCACGUCUACAUGCGCCCCUCCACCUCGUGCGGGGGUGUUCAGCGACGCCUAUCCCCGAGGACCGCCAUGGGGGUCGCCCGCCCCUUCACCUCGCUGUGGACCAGGGCACCCACCCGACUCGGCUCUUCUAGAAGUUCAACAAGUGACGCAUCCGCACUAACGACGGGGGGGAUACUGGCUGGAAAUGCGACCGCCGGCCUGCGGCGCCGACUAGCGACGCCGCACGGGGCAGCGCAGGACAGCUUCUCUGCCACCACUGCUGCUGCCAGCAUCGUUAGAGGCAGAGAGAAGAGUACGCAACGAGGUGGUAUCUGUGAAAACGACUCACAGUUCUGUGCCACUCCGACUGCCACCUCCGCCACUGACCUGAGCGAGGAUGCUCGCAUCGCCGCGCUGCUGGCUAACGACAGCGAAGAGGAAGAGUGGGAUCACUUCAAGGCGUCGUUGCUCCGGUCGCAAUCGGCGUCGGCAGCGUCCAUGCCGAGACUGGACAGCUCACUCAGUACAGUGGCGGCGGCGUCCUACCAUCAGCUUCUUACAACGCAGAAUGAAGAGGCUGCCGCGACGGCGAACACGCUGCAGGCUGACAACUUCGAUAAGGAGCUGCGCAUUGAGUUGGCACGUCUGCGAAUGCGCAUUGCGAAGGAGAGCCUGGAAAAAUAG